AUGCAUGCCUUCGUAAAGAGCGAUCGACCGAGGAAGUUCCCCGGUUUGGAAAUAUUCUAUAAAAGAGGUCAAGAUCCGAUCAUAAAGCUGAUGGACGAUGCUGGACACGUGGAAGAAACGUUGUCGAUCGACAAGUGGAAUACUGAUUCUUUGGAGGAAUUCCUCACCGAGGCUCUUCAGCAAGAUCCCUCGUGAUCUUGCAGAUGUGUUGGCAGGAGUUGAGUUUACCAGAAUGAAGGCCGAGUCUCAAAGUCUCUCUCCGACUGGAUUCGGCUGGAUGUUUUACAGGAAACGAAACUCUUGCUGGAAGAAACUCCAUAUUUGUGUCUCCAAUAAAGGUGAAAUGUUGUGACUCC